AGGAGCCAGCAUCUGCUGAGCCGCGCCGGGAGCCGUGCCAACCGGAGAAGGAGAUGGAAGCAGAAAUCCCGAAGAGGGUCGACCUCCGUACGAGGGAAAGGGUGCCAGCUGGAGAAACGGCUGAAGAAAAGAGGGCGAGAAGAACAAGACGGAUAAAUGAGAUAUGGCAAGAGAGGCAGAGAUUGGAGGCAGCGGGGGAGCUCCCAGAGCAGCAACAGGAGAGGCAGAGAUCAGAGGCAGCAGGAGCACUCCCGGGUCAGCCACCCAGCAUACCCGCUAGGGCCCCGGAGAUCCCUGAGAUGUGGAGGGACUUCUGGGAGCAGAGAGGAGAGGAGCUUCCAUCGCCAGUCAGAGCCGGGUUUGGAGUAGCCAGGAAGGCGGAAGAGAGGUUAGAUCGUAAAAUCAAGUUCCUGGCCAAGACCACUUUUGACCGACACUUGUUAUUGGAGGGCGAUCUGACAGGGAAGAAGAUAAAGGAAGUAAGCCAUGGAAUACGCCUGGAGGCUAUGGAGAUGGAAAUUCAGGAACUCAGGGCCUUGGUGGCCAGCCAGGCAGCUAUCRUCGAGAGCCUGAGGCAGCAAACCCAGGGAAGGGUGGACAGGCCAGAGAGCAGUAGGCAAGGAGAGCAGAGGCAGCCAGGACAGGGAUUGCCAGGGCAGCCACCUGCAGCGGAGCCUCGCCAGGAGCCACCUAUGGGGAGAGCUAUCCUGGAGCCAGAGGAGGCGAGAGCCCAGAGACAGGCAGAGAGAGAGGCGUUCGAGUUUAGAGCCCCUACUGAGCUCGCGACGCUGCCAGUGGCGGCGGCAGGCCCUGUCGUACCUUUGGCAGUAGAGGAGGGGCUGCCACCAUCUARCAGUGAGCCGGCUCAGGGCUCAGCAGAGGGAUCGAUGGGCGUGCUCCUUGAGGCGGUGCAUGAUAUGCAGGAGGAGGUGAGUUUGUUUUCGCCUGAGCAGAGGAUGGAGGAACCUCUUGAGAGAGAGAUUGGGAUUAAGGCGGAGGGUGCCGUAGAAAGCAGACUUCARAGGAUGGGCACACCUGAGUAUGGAUCAGAGGAAAUUGAGGAACAGCCCACGGCAGUGCCAGGAGGGACACCCGAGAGGAGACCUCAGAGGUUGGRCACGCCUGAGUACGUCCCAGCAACAGAGGAAUUGAGGGGCAGACUAGGAUCUUGGGCUACWGGAUCUGGGUCUGGGGGACCGGUUCCUGGGACGGAGCGGCAGGAGGUUGUUAGUACCUUGGUAGGAUCKCCUUCAUCGCCAUCUCCUCAGCCCARAAAAAGRAAGUUUAAGAGAAAAGUAGAUCAGCUAUGUUUCUACUGUAAGAGGGACGUGCAUCUGGCUUUGGACUGUCUCGAGUUUCUUGAGGAUAAGRCAGCAGGGAAAGUCUCAGAGGUAGGGGGUAAAAUGUAUGAUAGACAAGGCGUUACGUAUUUUGGAUCGGCGAGGCGCAUCGAGCACGACAAGACACUCACGGAGGAGUCGCUGCGAUACCUUCGCCAGCAGAAUGGCAGAGAUGAGGAGUUGUAUCAGACAUUGCGCACGCAGUUGGCGGAGUUUCUGAGCCGGGAGGGUGAUUGGACGUAUGGAGGGGUUAAGGGUGACAGGGAUGCGACCUCCUGCAAAGGGGAGAAGGAGACGUCGCAGCGCGAGCGACAGGUGCAGCGCGGGCGGAAGGAUCGCCUUUCGAAGGCUCCGCCUAGCGUUGAGAUGUAUUUCGGUCGUCGCGCCACGGUGCUCAUGCCAACUGAGUUGGACGCUGUGUACGAUCCAAAGCCUGAUCCUAUGGCUCAGGACCCGAUCAAGGCGGAGCCGUGGUUCGAUCCAGACGACCUGGCAGCGGAGUCAGAGCCGGGAAAUUUUGAUGAUGGGGGCGACAAUGUUCCUCUCGCAGAGAUGUUGCGUCCUCGGACGCGUGCUUCCACUGCAGCCACUGCGCAGCACCCCCCUCCCCCUCCACCUCCGCCCCCGAGUGCUCGUGCUUCCACUUCAACCGCUGCUCAACAGCCCCCUCACCCUCCCCCUCCACCUCCGCCUUCGAGUUGUCAGGCUUCCACUGGAGCCAUUGCGCAGCAUCCCCCUCCACCUACAGAUCGUCCAGGACAUGGCGAGCAGGGGACUCGGGAUAUUGUUGAGGAGGGACGAGACGACGACGACGAUGUCAGAGAGGGGUACGAGGGCAGCAGUGAGGACGAGGAUGAUCCCACCUAUUCCCCAACACGCGGACGUGGUGACGACGACGACGAUGACGACGAGGGCGACGAUGGUACACAGGCUGCAGGUGGUUUGCGGAGGUCGGGUCGACAGCCUGCCGACCAAUGCAGUGGUGCAGGCAGGGGAGGCAGUGGUGCAGGCAGGGGCGUGGGGGCCGGACAAGACGCGGGGGCUGCAGGUCGUGGUGGCGGAGGACGGGCGAGGCGAGAGUCUGCUUCGUCCACUCGCACUGUGCACUGGGUCGAUGAGGUUGCCGCGACAGCAGAGGUUGACGCCGGGUCGGCAGAGUUUGGUGGUGCUGCGUCGGCGCCGGCCACUGCAGAGGCCGCUCCCUCCACUGCACAUUACGCAUCGCCGUCUGAGGAGGUAGCAGGCGGGUUUGCAGAGGUUGCUGACGAGGCUGCACAGGUUGGGAGUGCUUCUGCGCAGUUGGGUGGUAGUUUCAGUGGUAUGUUGGAUGUUUCGUUAGGGUUUCCUCCGACAACGGCAGGCGAGCAUGGCAGUGGUGAUGCGAACGCAGCGGCUAGGCCCGAGCGAGCGCCAGAGUCGGAGCAGGACAGGAUCGACCGCGAGGAGAGGGAGAGGGCGCAGGACUUGGCUAGUUGUUGCGAGAUGACACAGAGUAUUGUGUUGAGGGCACGGACAGAGCGGAUGCUCGAGACGGGCGGUGGUGAGGGUCAUCGUGCGACGGACGAUGCAGUGCUUGAGUGUGGCGAUGCGGGCGGUGGGGAUGCAUGCGAGAGUCCCGCGUCGCCACUUCAGGGUGUUUGUAUAUUGCCUAUCGGUGGAGCCAUGACGGCGGGGGAGUUGGAGCGGCAGGCACGGGAGGACCCAUUGCAUGCAGAUCGAUGCGGACGGAUGGAUGAGGCGUCGAGGAGGUUCAUGGCAGAGGGUCCAGCCUACGUGCCGUGCAGCCCAUCACUGCCAUCGUCCACCACUGGUGGCACGACCUCCGUACAUGCUGAGGGUGCCACUACCGCACCGGCACCUGCAGAGUCUCCUUCUCCCAAAUCAGGGAAGAAGAAGAUGAAAGCAGGCAAGAGUCUCAGUACUGUGAGGAGGGUGACGCAUGCAAUGCGGGAGAGUCAGCCCUGGUUGGCCGGUUUACAUCCGCGGACUCGGGAGGCAUUGGCCCGGGACGUUGUCGCGGACACAGUAGGUUGGCAGGAGAGGGCCUCCAACCGGGGGACGGAGCAGCCCAUGACAGCACCUGCUGCGGCGGCGAUGCCACGUACUGAGGGGCUCAUACCAGCGACCGUCACAGACAACAUGCAGAGAAGGGCUUCCGUGUACGACCUUCUUCGAGCACAAUGCAGGGUUGAGGCGGCGCCACAGGGGGGGGUUCAUGCUCCGGGUACUGCGCACAAGCCGGUAGGCGGCACAAGUGGAGGCGACGGUGUCACAGGUGUGGCGACGCAGAGGAGGAAGGACAUUGUGGACGACGAUGAUGCUUAGUCUCACUAAUAGUUCUCUUUCGUCUUGUAUUUUGUAGUAGUGUAUACUACAUUUAGUGCUUCGGAUGAUGUGAUGUAUUCAUAGGUGUAGUCUAUAUUAUAUUUAGUGUUUCGUCAUCAACGGAAAAUUUUUCUAGAAAUAAAUAAUAAUUUUAUAUUAAAAUUACAAUCUAAAUUUCAAUUUUUCAUUCCAUCUUAAAAAAUGUCUUUCCAAUUUUAAAAUUUUCCUUCUUACUUGCAAAUUUUCAUUCCAAGAAUAGGGUAUCCCUUUUUAUUUGGACUGCAUGCUAGAGAUGGAAUGAAAGUAUGGAUGAGUUCAUGAAAUAUUUGAAUUGGACUGUCAUUCUAAGUAGGGAUUUUCAGUCAUAAAUAGGUUAAUUCAAUCUAAAUUAGAAGAUAUUUGUCGUAGUAGAAUGAAAAUUUAAUUACAAC